AGCCCACUAUGGGGAAUGAGGACAGCCCCUGCCCCCGUGAAGCUUGUGUCCUGUGGGCAGGACAGACAGGUGGCCCAGCAGCUGCAACAUGGUGUGUGCACACAUUUGGUUGGUAGAACCAUGUUUCCACCACUCGGUCAAAAAAGUCCACCAAAGUCAGCCUGGCGGCCUCAGGUACUUUUUUGGGCAAAGAUAGAAUUGAAAUAAAUUUCAGUAAUAAAUUGGUGAGCCAGCUUUCCCAAAGGCCUAUAGGGAAUGUCGUCUAACGCUCAGAUACAUGGGGGCAGACAACCAUUUAGCCAAAUGCAGUGCGAUACCGAUGUGGACUGCCUGGCUCUCUGCAGGUCAGGGCUUCAUCCCAGAACUGCACCUCUUCCCCAGGACCAUGGGGCAGCACAACGUCCUCAUCCCACUGCAGGUCAGCUGGCACUACCUCGCAAACAGUAACUGCCUUUGGAGGUCCCUCCCCAGCCUGUGGGAGCCUGCCCCGCCUCCAGCCCAUCACCUCCCCUGGAUCAUUGGAAGCAUCUUAGGUCAGAUAAUGCGCUGGCUUUGCCCUCUCCAGACUCACUGUCUCCCACCAUGCAGGCUCAGGGCAUGACAACUCCAGAAAAGCCCCAUGCGAAGCAGACCUACUCCCACAUUACUGGUGGGAGUCCAAAAUGGCACGACUCCUGUGGGGGAAACUGUCGUCUAUCAGAUGACCAACCCGGUGGUCUUUUGGCCCAGCAGUCCUCCUGAGAGUUCACAUCUGUGUUGAUAUGGCAACAUUGUUUGUAAUGGGAAGUGCUCCUCAGUGGUGGAGUCAUUAAAUGAUGGUAUAUGCACGUAACAGGUGGUAUGCAGCCAUUUGGAAAAAUGAAGCUUUUCCAGAUCCUGGAUAUAGCAUUGUAAGAUGGGAAAUCACAGGUUACCCAUGUUGUGUCUGAGAUGGCAGGUGGGGCACUUAUGUACCCGGGAGGAUGACGGGCUACUUGUGUGGUACUCCAGAGGGUGGCAGGUGAGGCGCCAUGUUCUUUCUACCUGGGGUGGCAGGUGGGCCCGUAACCAUUGUAGAGGCCAGCAUCCUCAAUGGAGGGCCUGAGUGUGGGGAGGUAGGCUCUGACUCCCUAGGGAGAGAGGGACACCUAGGAGACAGAUGGACCCUGGAAGUGGGACCUAAAGAGGGCCCUGUGCAUCCAGUGUAGGCUGAGAUGCUGGGGGCAUAGAAAGAAGAGAUCUGCCGAUGCCAGUGUUCCAACCACUUCCCAGCUUGGUCAAGAGCCAGCUCUGGUCUUUGUGAAGGAACAGAUAAUCGUGGGUGAAGCUAGAGGGAAGGCCAGAGAGGCGAAAGGAGGGAGGGGCUAGGCAGGGGUCAGCGACUGAGCCUCAGGGCUGGUAUACAGGGGCUGCAGCUGGGAAGCUAGGGGGCCCCAAGGCACCUCCAGGCCCAGUUUACCUCUAGGCUUUCCUCAUGCUUUCCCCAGGAUCACUGCGGUUUCCUCCUGGCGCCUCUCAUCUUGGACAGCCAUGCCCCCCUCCAGGCUGUACUAAUGGCUCAGCCUGGGGCCCCAGGGACCUCCCCUACCCACCAGACUGCUCUGCCAGCCCCCUUUCCCCCCUCGCUGCUGAAACCCAAUCCUCUGCAGCAGCGCCGGCUCAGCACCACCUCAGCACGGCUCCCUCUGCGGCCCCUGCCUGCCACGGUCAGCUGCGCCCCACCUGGUCUGCUGCCGAGUCCCCAGCCCAGUGCCUAGCCCAGUGGACCCACUGCGUGUUCCUCGGGAAGGCUGAGCGGGAUCGACGGGCCAGAUCAUCUCCUCCGACCCUGCCAGGCUAGUGCCUCCCUGCCUCCCAACCUCGGCUCUCUCCCACCCUCUCCUCGCCUGGCCCCCUGAAUCCUAUCUCAGCCCUCUGAGCCCCCUGACUGAUCCUCUCUUGCUCCUUCCAAGCCUCUGUAGCUAGUCCUCCUCCUGAGUUUUGGCCAUGAAGCCCACCUCAAGCCCGGAGGAGGCCCGGCGGCUGGCCUCGGACAUCCGUGUGUUCGCCAGCAACUGCUCGAUGCAUGGGGUGGGCCACAUCUUCGCACCAGGCAGCCUGAGCCUGCGCCGGGGGAUGUGGGCAGUGGCCGUGGUCCUGUCAGUGGUCACCUUCCUCUACCAGGUGGCUGGGAGGGUGCGCUACUACAGGGAGUACCACCACCAGACUGCCCUGGACGAGCGAGAAAGCCACCAGCUCGUCUUCCCAGCUGUCACCCUGUGCAACAUCAAUCCACUGCGCCGCUCGCGCCUAACGCCCAAUGACCUCCACUGGGCCGGGGCCGCGCUGCUGGGCCUGGACCCCGCAGAGCACGCCACCUUCCUGCGCUCCCUGGGCCGGCCCCCUGCCCCACCCGGCUUCAUGCCCAGUCCCACCUUCGACAUGGCACAACUCUAUGACCGUGCUGGGCACUCCCUGGACGACAUGCUGCUGGACUGUCGCUUCCGUGGUGAACCUUGUGGGCCUGAGAACUUCACCAUGGUCUUCACCCGGAUGGGAAAGUGCUACACGUUUAACUCUGGCACCGAUGGGGCAGAGCUCCUCACCACUAUUAGAGGUGGCAUAGGCAACGGGCUGGACCUCAUGCUGGAUGUGCAGCAGGACGAGUAUCUACCCGUGUGGAAGGACGAUGACGAGACCCCAUUUGAGGUGGGGAUCAAAGUGCAGAUCCACAGCCAGGAGGAGCCACCCAUCAUCGACCAGCUGGGCUUGGGGGUAUCCCCAGGUUUCCAGACCUUUAUCUCUUGCCAGCAGCAGCAGGUACCCUCCUGUGUGCCUCCACACCCCCUCCUUCAAGCCCACACCAACUCGAACCCUAAACCCUCAGCUCCUCAGACCUGUCCACGGGCCUCUCCCCAGAUGACCUCUCACAUUCUCCAGGAAAGCCUCCUUAACCCUGUCCCCGCACAGCUGAGCUUCCUGCCACCGCCCUGGGGCGACUGCAGUUCAGUAUCCCUGAACCCCAACUAUGAGCCAGAGCCCUCUGAUCCCCUGGGUUCCCCCAGCUCCAGCCCUCCCUAUAGCCUAAUGGGGUGUCGCCUGGUCUGUGAAACCCGCUACGUGGCUCGGAAGUGCGGCUGCCGAAUGAUGUACAUGCCAGGCGGCGCGCCAGUGUGCAGCCCCCAGCAGUACAAGGACUGUGCCCACCCGGCCAUAGAUGCCAUGCUUCGCAAGGACGCGUGCACCUGCCCCAACCCGUGCGCCAGCACGCGCUACGCCAAGGAGCUCUCCAUGGUGCGGAUGCCGAGCCGCUCUGCCGCGCGCUUCCUAUCCCGGAAGCUCAACCGCAGCGAGGCCUACAUCGCGGAGAACGUGCUGGCCCUGGAGGUCUUCUUUGAGGCCCUCAACUAUGAGACUGUGGAGCAGAAGAAGGCCUAUGAGAUGUCGGAGCUGCUAGGUGACAUUGGGGGCCAGAUGGGGCUGUUCAUUGGGGCCAGCCUGCUCACCAUCCUCGAGAUCCUAGACUACCUCUGUGAGGUGUUCCAAGACAAGGUCCUGGGAUAUUUCUGGAACCGAAGGCACUCCCAAAGGCACUCCAGCACCAAUCUGCUUCAGGAAGGGCUGGGCGGCCAUCGAACCCAAGUUCCCCAACUCAGCUUGGGCCCCAGACCUCCCACCCCUCCCUGUGCUGUCACCAAGACUCUCGCGGCGUCCCACCGCACCUGCUACCUUGUCACUCGGCUCUAGACCUGCUGUCUGCGUCCCCGGAGCCCCGCCCUGGCAUCCUGGACAUGUCUAGCCUGCACGUAGCUUUUCCAUCUUCACCCCAAAUAAAGACCCAGUGCAUCA